AUGCCUCAACGAGCACCAUUUUCUCGAAAUUUUCUAAUUUCUCUUUUGAUUUUAUUUUCAGGAUGCUUUUUCCGCUUCGGUGACACUUUUUUUUUAUCUAACAAGAAUUUUCUUUUUUUUAUUUUAGUAUUUUUGAUUCUGUCUUUUUUAUUCAAGCUUUACUCCCAUUACUUAAGAAGGCAUCAAUUCUUUUAUUUGAUUGUGUAUAUGGGACUUUUUAUCGUUGCUGUUAUGAUUAUUUCUUAUGUUCGGGCCCACUGGCAUACUUACUUCGGGGUAUGCUUUGUGGGGGUUUACUCCUUAUUUGGAAUGGGAGCACCCAGUACUGGCGGAACUGGGGGAAUGUCUUGUACUUACAUGAUGCCCUCUGGAUCCGAUGCCAGUAAUGGGAAUGGGGAGUGGAGGGGGUAUCUAAACGACUCUCCAGAGGGGGGGGAUGCAGUAAGCGACGCUGAAAAUGUUCCAGCGGCUGAAAAUCCCCCGGGGCAUCCGAACGAAGCAGCGCCUGCGCCCCCCAAUUGCCGCUCGAUCCACCCGUGCAACGGGCCGAUGACCAGGCCUAUUUGCGGGAAUUGCUUCUUGAUCCUGAAUUGGAUCAAGAUUACAAAAGGGCGCUGGUCCUGGAGGAAAGGAUUACCCUCAAAAUAA